UACUGUAAAUCAUGCAUGCUGUCGCUUGCUCAGGACUUUUCACAAUAGGACAGUAGGAGGUGCGCUGUUGUUUUGUUCUGGUUAGAUAUAAAUUCAGGGUUUAAAUGGGGCAGAGUAUCAGUUCACCAGCUGGAAACUGCUCUAUCUAGCAACUCGUCUGCUUUGGCACGCAACAAACUCAUUCACCAACACCAUGGCCAGGAUCACUUUCUACGAGGACAGGAACUUCAUGGGACGCUCCUAUGAGUGCAGAAGCGACUGUCCAGACAUGUCCUCCUACCUGAGUCACUGCCACUCAUGCAGGGUGGAGAGCGGCUGCUGGAUGGUGUACGAUCGCCCCAACUUCAUGGGAAACCAGUAUUUCCUCCGUAGGGGUGAUUAUGCCGACUACAUGAACAUGUGGGGCUGGGGCAACAACUGGAUCAGGUCCUGCCGCAUGAUCCCUAUGUACAGGGGCUCCUACAGAAUGAGGAUGUAUGAGAGGGAGAACUUCAUGGGUCAGAUGAUGGAGGUGACUGAUGACUGCGACUCCAUCAUGGAUCGCUACCACUGGUCAGGCGGAUGCCACUCGUGCCACAUUAUGGACGGCCAUUGGCUCAUGUACGAGCAACCACACUACAGGGGCAGGAUGUGGUACUUCAGACCCGGAGAGUACCGCAGCUUUAGGGAGAUGAUGGGAAUGAGCAACAUGAAGUUCAUGAGCAUGAAGCGCAUCAUGGAUUCCUGGUAUUAA